AAAUUAUGUACUGAUUUAUUUAAUUGAUCAUUUAAUAUGUAGGUGCAUCAUUUGCAGAAAGUUUCUAUGGCUUGAAACGUAUGCCAGUUGGUUUAUAUAAAGUAGUGCAAAAAUCAAAAAAGAAUUGGCUGCCUAAAAAACAUUUUUAUUACUCACUAUUACUGUUGACAUUAGUUCCCUACAUUAGAGUUCAGUCGCUAUUGCUUUAUAGCAGUUUGAAAGAUAAAGAUUUUUCUGGUGACCUUGGACGUAGAAAGGACAGAACAAGAAAGCUAGCAAAAUUUUAUAUAAAAUGCUAUCCAUAUUUUCAUUUCUCAUUGGAAUUUAUAAAUCUUGUUUAUCAAGUAAGCUAUGCAAUAGGUAAAAGUGCUUAUCACAGUCCUUUAUUGCAUAUAUCUAAUACUCAGUUGAGAACGUUAACUCAUGAAGAUCAGAUUCUUUUGGAAAAGAAGAAAACAAUUGUAAAUAAAAAUAUCAGAUGGAAAGGAUUUCCGUAUAACGUAUUUCAGAUAGGAAUUAAAAGUUUAGCAGCUGGUAUUUCCAUUAGUCUGUCUACUGGGGCUUUCUUUUUACAGUUUUUAGAUUGGUGGUAUAGUCAAGAUAACUCAGGAUAUUUUUCACAAUUUCCUAUUCCUCCACCUCCAGAAAAGUGGCCAUUGAAAUUUAAUAAAGGAAUUUGUCCACUCUGUCAUCAAAAACGAAGAAAUGAAACCGUUCUAUCCACCAGUGGGUUUGUAUUUUGUUAUCGCUGCAUUUUCCAAUACAUUCAGAAGUACUCUUGCUGUCCAAUUACUAAUUAUCCUUCAACAAAUGAAAAUCUUAUCAAGUUAUAUCUUCCUCAAGACUAAGUAUGUGUAUACUGAAGCAAAGAAAUGAAAUUUACUACCUCAAAGUUUAGUUUGUUAUUGGAGAAUUUUUUAAUACUUUUUGUUUUUAUUAACAAUUCUGUAAAAUUGAGAUCUGUAUUUUUAACCCAAUAUGAGAAGUAUUUAAUGUUAUAAAUGAAAUAAUAAAUUUAAGUAUUGCAUUGUAUAAAAAGAAUAAUACAUUUUUAAAUGAAAAUUAUUGUAAUUUGUAUUUAAAGAAUGUAUUUAAAGUUAUAUUAUAGGUGACAUAUGUUGAGUUUUGACUUAAAACUUAUUUAUAUUAGUUAAUUAAUUAAUGAUUUCAUACAUAAUUAAUUGCAUAUCAAGGCAGCAAUAAAAUCUAAUUAAUUAUGUCAAAACAUUUGAAUAAGUACUGUUUUGUAAAAAUUAAGAAAAUGUUUUUUAAAAUCAGAAUUUAAAAUUUAUCUUAAUUAAGACAAAACAAAUCUUUCCAUAAAUUUAAAUUUGUGGAUGAUGUACUAAACUGGGUAAGAUUACAAAGAAAAAUUGAUACACGAUAAUGUAUUAGAACAUGAAUCUAUUAACAUGACAAAUCAUCUCAUUUUUAAAACAUGUAUUACUAAUUUGUUAACAAUAACAUUAAAUAUUUAAAUUUUACUAAAUUCUCAAAAGUGUACUUUUGUUUCAUAAUGGUCAUGUUUUUGUAAAAUAUAUAUUAUAUAAAAAUAAAUUAUAUUAUAUAAUAAAUGAAUAAAUAGUACUAAUUUUACAUAUAACUAUAACAUGGAAAAAAUAGUAUAAUCAAACUAAUGCUAUUUAUAUGCACAUUAUGCAUCAGUAAUGUAACCAGAGAGGGGAUUCAGGAGACCUUUGUAAAUAAAUAAAUUAAGAAGAAAAU